AUGGGCGGUAAAGGGGGAGGUGGCGGUGGCGGCAAGGGCGGUGGUGGGGGCGGAAAAGGCGGCAGCAGAAAAGGGGGUGGAGGGGGAGGUAGUGGGGCUGGGAGAAUCGGUGGCAGCGGCGGCGGUGGUUCCAAGGGUGGUAGUGGCAGCGCAUCCAAAGGAAGUGGAGGAGGUAGUGGUGGUGGUGGUGGUGGUAUGAUGAAGGCGCCCGGAGGGGGCGGGGAGUACAUAUCAAGGGGAGGUUUUGAGAGUAACCCACAGGGUUACUUCUCAGGGCUGCACGGUAGUACUCACACGGGUGGUACUGGGUUGAGAAUCAACUUCUCAAAGAGUUCUCUAUGUGGAGUGAAUGUUCCAUUCGAAGCAAUAACCUCUCUGGCUUGUACUAUGGGCUGUAAAGUGGAAAACUUACCAAUCAAAUACCUUGGGUUACCUCUAGGCGCAAAUCCAGGUAGAAUCAAGACUUGGGAUCCGGUUUUUGAGAGGACCGAGAAAGUGUUGAGUGUUUGGAGAACUCAUUGCAUCUCGACUGGGGGAAGGAUUACUCUUAUCAACUCCAACAUUGCUAAUGUGCCCAUCUACUUUAUGUCCUUGUUCAAAAUGCCACUAGCUGUAGCGAGGAAACUGGAGAAGUUGCAGAGACAGUUUUUUUGGGGUGACACUCGUGACAAAAAGAAGAUCCACCUGGUUAAAUGGGAUGAGAUUACUAAGAAGAAAUCUGAUGGAGGUUUGGGGGUGAAAAAGAUGUUGCAACAGAACAUAGCACUUUUGGCUAAAUGGUGGUGGAGAUUUGGUAAAGAUAAAGAGUCUCUUUGGGUGAAAGUCAUUAGAGGAAAAUACGGGUUGGAUGCUAAUUGUUGGUUGCCCUACGUUCAUGGCUCAGGUCCAACCUCAAGAAUAUGGGCGGAUAUUUGUUCAUUGGAGAAUCCUUCAUCUCAUUUGGGCUACUCCAUCCGAGAGGGCUUUAAAGUCCAAGUAAACUCAGGCAAUGCAACUGUGUUUUGA